CUGCAUGACAGUCUGGGAGGAUUAGAGUUGCUGCAGACGACGUUGUGAGCUGUCAAAGUGAAGGAUUUAAACUCGAGCGAAAAUGUCUCCCUCAAGGAAAUUUUUCGUCGGCGGCAACUGGAAGAUGAACGGGACCAAAGGCUCCAUUGACGGGAUCAUUUCCUUCCUGAAGAAGGGUCCCUUGAAUCCUGACACUGAGGUUGUGGUAGGAUGCCCUCAGUGCUACCUUUCAUAUGUUCGGGAUAACCUCCCAGAGGAAAUUGGAGUUGCUGCACAGAACUGCUACAAGGUGCCAAAAGGUGCUUUCACUGGAGAAAUUUCCCCAGCAAUGAUCAAAGACUGUGGAUGCGAAUGGGUCAUUUUGGGUCAUUCAGAGCGAAGAAAUGUCUUUGAUGAAUCAGAUGAAUUGAUCAGCCAAAAAGUAGGACAUGCUCUGGAGGCAGGAUUAAAAGUUAUCCCUUGUAUUGGAGAGAAGUUAGAGGAGCGAGAAAACAACCAGACUGAUGAAGUUGUAUUUGCACAAAUGAAGGCUCUGCUACCAAACAUUUCAGAUUGGUCUCGAGUUGUCAUUGCUUAUGAACCUGUAUGGGCCAUUGGCACUGGCAAAACUGCUACACCUGAGCAGGCUCAAGAUGUCCAUGCUAAACUUCGGAACUGGCUCUCUGAAAAUGUCAGCAGUGAAGUGGCCGAAUCCUGUCGUAUCAUCUACGGUGGGUCCGUUUCUCCAGCCAACUGUGCCGAGUUGGCAAAGAUGGGUGACAUUGAUGGCUUUCUAGUUGGCGGUGCUUCACUCAAGCCUGAUUUUGUCACUAUUAUAAAUGCUCGUUAACUAUCAAGUAUACAUACUGUAAUUCCUUACCAGUUAAUCAUACUGUAGUAUUGGAUGUAAGUUUUCCCUGACCACAGUAGUUGAUCAUAUUUCUUUUCCAAUUUCAUUUUAUCUGGUAAUUUACAUAAACAUUUGAUUACUUAAAUUAACAUAUGGUAAAUUGGCUUGUCUAUCAAAGAUAAGUGCCAGAUUACUUUCAGGGGGUCAUGUACAUAAACAUUGUUUUAAAUAGUACAUCGAGGUAGUGUUGUGUAUACACUUAUUUAGUAACUACAUUGCGUACUGCACUCCUCCUUGUAACUAAAUCAUUCCUUUUCCUUUUAGAAGUUGAAUCAAAUUUGUAGGACAAGAAGCUGUGCAUAAAUGGAAUUGCCUUUUAUUAACUCUCUUUAUAAAAUUUUUUUUUUUUGUAAACAGUUAUAAAAUCUAUUAAAAGGCUAAAAUCUAAAAACUUCUGAAGGGCUAGAAGCUAAAUUUACCAUAGAAACCACCAAAGUAGCACCAAAUCAAACCACUACAAGGUGAUUAAACCAAAACCAAAUACAAAGUACUAUAACUGCUCAAUCUAAUGUUAAAAUUACUGUAAAUUGUAAAAGUCAAUGUGUAGUGGAACACAUGGGAUAAGGGUCAUUCAAAAUCUUUUCAUCCUUGCAAUGAAGGAUGAGCACCAACUAAAAUUUCAGUGUGACCAAGAACUUAAGUUACUUUGAGAUGUUAAGCAAUAACUCAAUUCUUUGCUUAAUUAUGCUGAUGGUAAGGCCCUUGGAAAUUUGCAAGGUGCAAGAAAAAAAGCCUCACUGUGAUACUUCUCUAAAGGAUAUAUCAGAGAACUCUGUGUAAACAGACAAAAUGAUCAAAGUGGACUCUGUUUUUACUCCACCUGUAAGAAAUCGGCCGGUGAAUUCAUGCCGACAGACAGAGCACUCAGGAUACGUCCCAGAUGGGGCAAAAACACCAACAUCAACAAAGUGGUUUUUGUUCAUCGCAUGCCUCCAAACAACAGAUUAUGACAGUCCAAAAGAUAACCAGUACGUACCAGGGCACAGGUGCUGGCUAAGAGCACACUAUUUGGACCGAAAUAUUGGUGAUGUACAACCUUCAAGAGAGUGGUAGCUUGAACAUAAAAGACCAAGAGCAGUUGUAGUUUUGCAAAAAUAUUCCAUGAAUGUGACAUUAUCUGGCUUAUGCCAUGAGCUUUUGAAUGACCCUUAUGGAUAUCCAUUUCUAAGCUGCCUAAACUUUAAAAUUACUGUGCUAAAAGUUAACUUGAGGAUUACCUCUAAAAACAAAAAUUUACUUAUAAAAAUCAAAUAUCAAUGAAACCUAGAUUUUACUCGAGCUUUUCAACCCCAGUACAAAAUGAAAAUGGACUAAGAAUUCAUCAAGGGGAGCCUAUUGUUCCAAAGGUUGUGGUUAGUCUCUCAAUCAAAGUAGACCCACCAAAAAUUAUAGUACAUCAUCAUCUAACCCAGUCAAAAACUACGUUAUGGUUUGCCUCACAAUAAACAGUACUGAUAUAAUCAAUACAAAUUUAAGAUCAUUUGCAAACUUAUGUCAAUUCUAGUAUUUGCAGAAAUGAACCUCUAAAAAUAGCAUAAAAACUGGAGGAUUGCGAUUGCUAGAAGUAGUGAACCAGAUACUUCUUCCCUCACUACUGUACCUUAAUGUUUAAUUCUCUUGUUCUACGCUACACACUAAUAACCUAAAUUACUCAGGUUUAUAAACCUAACAGAAAUAAAAGAAAAUAUUCCUUUUUCCAACCUUGGCAGCUUCUGUAAAAUAAUCACUGCCUUGCAUAUACCAACAACACAUUCAAAAUUUUGAAAGGUGUCAAGUGUAGGUCGCAGACAUAUGUUUCAGGUCCUGAGGAAGAGUGACACUUCAUAAGUAUCAAUGGAGCAAUUGGUUCUUCCAGUCCAUUGCAAAGUUGGGCGCUUGCAGGUGCUGGGUGUGCUGUUAUCUUCAGUCUGAAGUGAGGAGAGAAAUUAGUUAAUAUUUCUGUUAUAAAUACUUUGAAUUAAUGUUUACCAAUGCCUAAUUAGGUACGUGGAAACCCAAGGAUGAAUGGCCCCUGAAACUAGCAAAAGAUUUGUGGGAACAUAUGCUAGAAACCUUAGAAUUGCCAAUGCCAUAUUCUAUGUACCUGGGCUAGAUAAGACCUAAUAUGCAUUGUUGUCCAGGGGAAACUGACAUUGUGAUUAAAAAAAAAAACGAAGGAAAUAUCAAAUGCAAAAAGAUACACUUUAAACACGGCAGCAACCUACCUUACUGUGCCACGUCCUCCAUUCAUCUCGUAAAUACGAACCACAAGAUUUCCAUUGUCCUCAGACAGUUUGACAGCUUCUAUCAUUGCACCGUCUCCUUCCAAACUGAACCAAUUGUCAGCAUUUACAUUCAUGCUAUAAAAGGAAAAGAAUAUUAUGACCUAUUAGUGAACAUUUGAAGUAUAUAGAGAUUUGAGUAAUGAAUCUGUCUGUAUUUCAACACAAUCAAAUAAGGACCCAAUAAAUCUGAAAGUUAUUUUACAAAAUGCAUGUGUAA